AUGGCCGGCGCACUCCCCAACGCGAAGAAGAACCUCCCGAAGAUCAGCGAUGAGGACCGCGAGUCUCGCUUCGGACAGGUUUUCGGCGUGUCCGGACCCGUCGUCAUCGCGGAGAACAUGACGGGCUCAGCUAUGUACGAGCUCGUCCGUGUAGGGCACGACGAAUUGGUUGGCGAGGUGAUCCGAAUCGACGCCGAUAAGGCCACCAUUCAGGUCUACGAGGAGACUUCCGGCGUAACGGUUGGUGACCCGGUACUGCGGACAGGAAAACCGUUGAGCGUCGAGCUUGGUCCAGGUCUUAUGAGCAACAUCGUUGACGGUAUCCAACGACCGCUUCGUAGCAUCCAAGAGCUAUCCAAAUCCAUUUACAUCCCUCGUGGCAUCAAUACAGAGGCCCUCGACCGGUCGCUCAAGUGGGAUUUCACACCGACUAACUUCAAAAUUGGCGACCACAUCUCCGGAGGCGACAUUUUCGGAAAGGUGUACGAGAACUCUCUUGUCAACGAGCACAAGAUCAUGCUCAACCCGCGAGCAUUGGGCACUAUCACACACAUUGCGGAGACGGGUAGCUAUGCUGUGGAUGAUGUCGUGCUUGAGACGGAGUUCGAGGGAAAGAAGACCCAGCACACGAUGAUGCAACUCUGGCCUGUCCGUGCACCUCGGCCAGUGACCGAAAAGCACACGGCAGAUUACCCACUUCUGACCGGUCAGCGCAUUCUCGAUGCGCUUUUCCCCUGCGUGCAAGGUGGAACAACUGCGAUCCCCGGCGCUUUCGGAUGCGGCAAAACUGUGAUCUCCCAGGCCUUAUCAAAGUUCUCCAACAGCGACAUCAUCAUCUACGUCGGGUGUGGCGAACGUGGAAACGAGAUGGCUGAGGUGUUAAUGGACUUCCCGGAGUUGACUAUGGAGGUUGGUGAUCGCCAAGAACCCAUCAUGAAGCGGACUACGCUCGUCGCCAACACGUCGAACAUGCCCGUGGCCGCUCGAGAGGCGUCGAUUUACACUGGCAUUACCCUCGCGGAGUAUUUCCGUGACCAGGGUAGCAAUGUUUCGAUGAUGGCAGACUCCACCUCGCGAUGGGCCGAGGCACUCCGUGAAAUCUCGGGUCGUCUCGCUGAGAUGCCAGCGGACUCCGGUUAUCCUGCCUACCUCGGCACCAAGUUGGCCAGUUUCUACGAGCGCGCCGGUAAGGUUACCUGCCUGGGAAACCCCGUUCGCCAGGGUACCGUGUCCAUCGUUGGGGCUGUCUCACCACCUGGUGGUGACUUCUCGGACCCGGUGACAUCCGCCACCCUCGGUAUCGUGCAAGUGUUCUGGGGCCUCGACAAGAAGCUCGCGCAGCGCAAACACUUCCCGUCCGUCAACUGGAGCUUAUCGUACUCCAAGUACGAGAAGGUGCUCGAGCCGCACUACGAGGCAACAGAGCCUGGGUUUGUCGAGUUGCGCACAAAGGCGAAGGAGAUUCUCCAAAAGGAAGAAGACUUGGCCGAAAUCGUGCAGCUCGUCGGCAAGAGCGCUCUCGGAGAGAACGACAAGAUAACGCUCGAAGUGGCAAGGAUGUUGAAGGAGGACUUUUUGCAGCAGAACGGCAUGAGCGAGUACGACCGGUUUUGUCCGUUCUACAAGACUAGCGCAAUGUUGCGGAACUUCGUGGCAUUCCACGACAGCGCGGUCAAGGCGGUGGGCCAGGGUGAUUUGACGUUCAACAAGAUCAAGGACUCGGCAGGCGACUUGAUGUACAAACUUUCUCAGAUGAAGUUUGAGUCCCCUUCGACCGGGCAGGAGUCUAUCAAGAAGAAUCUUGAUGCUUUAUAUUCGGAAAUCCAAGAGAAGUUCCGCCAGAUGGUAGAGUGA